AUGGCUGGCUUGGCAAACCGGGAAGGCGCUGGGCCAGAGGGCAUCGCGCGGCGCCCCGGAGACCUGCUGCGCGUGGUCGGCUGCGAGGACUCCGACCCCGCAGCGGCCCGCUUCCUGCGAGGCCCGCCGUGCCGGUCUUCGUGCUUCGCCUCUCGCCGGCGCGUGCUGCCGCGAAGCAGGGGCCGCGCUCCUGCGCGCCCCUGCCGCCCUGGGCUGUCGCGCCCGGUGUCCUGCGGUGCCGCUGCCUCUGCCCACCGCUGCAACCUACCGCUGCGGGGGGGGCGUCGGUGA